CCAAGUUCUGGCGGUUCUGGUGGUUCUGGCGGCACCGUCGACCCGGUCGGACGGGAGAGUUGGAACAGCCAGCAGUCUCCUGCCGCGCGUCGGGAUGAACGGUCGCGUUGUCAGAGCACAUCCUCGUCGAGAUGUUGACGGAGCCAGACGUACCUCGUAGGUGUCACUGAUCCGUCGGUUGUGUGAAUGAUAAAUUAUCGCGGCGAUUAGCGCUGCCCUGGAGUUGAUGAUCGGCCGACUGUACCUCGCGAAUCAUGAGAAUACCCUCGUCGAGGAGAUUUGCUGAAUCGCCCGCGGUGAGAAGGGACACCGAGGACGAGGACGAAUGACAACUUUGAACUACCCUGGUUUUGGAAGGCUUAGGACAGGGAACUCGCCCCGAGAUCACGGGAUUAAUGCUGUCGACUUCGGAUCUUCGGAGUACAGGGAAAGUUGGCAAGGAUUUCGAGUCUUGAUUCGGGUCUCCGUUAUCUACGGAUAACAUUCGCUUCUUCCGAGAAAAUGUUCGGUUUUGUGACAUACGGAUCGUUAUUUCUAUUUCUCGGUCAUACCGGGCUUCCUUACUUUUGCGAUCUGCAGCAGCGACUCUGGCAUUGACGCGGAACGUAUUUAUUUUUCAAUCCGAAGUGAACUACUCGGACCGGAUUCAAAACUUAGGAUAGUGCGAUUCUAACCCAGUUUUCUUUUCAAAAGUUAUGUUUCGAUUCUCCCUAAUCAACGGAAGACAAUCGAGCACUGGCUGACACUGUGCGUGACUCGUGUUAAAAAUGCGAGAAAUUGUGAUGAAAAUGAUGCUUUUUUGGGUGAUCAGGAUAUUGGUUAGCUACAACACGGCCGUGUGCUUCGCGUUGUUCGUCGGCGAGGCUGCCGCGGAACCUCUUAGAUAUGCUGCGCCGGAGGACUGUGCCUGGCACUCGCAUAAUUCGGAGGACGAAGUUUCGCUGACCUGUUCGCUUCGUUCGAUAAACAGUGAGUUUGACACGACGAACUUUAGCCUGAUACCAAGCGAGCAUACCGCCGUGCUGAAAAUAGAAUGCGACACUAGUAUUCAGACGAAAAGCUCACUUAGCGAGGACAGCUUUGCCCACCUCCACAAGCUCCGCGAGCUUCACUUGGACGGAUGUAAACUUGCCAACUGGCCCACGGGCGCUCUUAACGGUCUGAGAAAUUUGCGGAACCUCACCAUCAGGACGCGAAACAACGAUUAUCCUGCAUUUAGCUUGGAACUCUUCCCGGACGCGUUUGCCGUCACGCCUCAUAUAGAAAAAUUGGACCUGGCAUCAAACAACAUAUGGUCCUUUCCGGACCGGCUGUUUUGCCCCCUGUCAGCUUUGGUAUAUUUGAAUGUGUCUGGCAACAGAUUACAGGAUGUCACCGAGCUCAAUUUUCGGGAAACCAGCGAACCCCAGCCGCAACCAUUGAUGGCAGACUCCGAGGAACCGCCGCCGAGUUCGACCUCGUGUUCCCUGGACAUUCAAAUCCUUGACGUUUCCUCCAACCACCUCAUCCUGCUUCCUUCGAAAGGAUUUUCCACUCUAAGACGGUUGAAGGAAUUGCGCCUCGCGAGAAACGAGAUCAAUAUGGUCGACGACAAGGCGCUAUUCGGUCUUCGGAGCCUUGAGAUAUUUGAUCUGUCAGACAACAGGGUUGUCGCCCUUCCCGCCGCGUUGUUCAGAGACACGGCCAACACUAUCAAGGAAAUCCACUUGCAGAAUAAUUCACUGAGUGUUCUCGCGCCCGGUUUGUUUGCCGACUUGAAACAGCUCGUCGCGUUAUACUUGUCCAGGAAUUCACUGACCAGUGCUUGGUUCAGCUCGACUACGUUUUCGGGACUGAUUAGAUUGGUUCUCCUGGAUUUGUCGAGGAACAAAAUAGCAACGCUGGACCCGGCUCUCUUCAAGGAUUUGUAUACCGUCCAGAUUUUAAAUUUGCAAAACAACAAGCUUGAAACCAUACCUGCGGACACGUUUUCACCGAUGAGUAACCUGCACACUCUCGUGCUGAAAUAUAAUCGCCUCACUUACCUGGAUGCCUACUCAUUGAACGGGCUAUUCGCGCUGUCUUUGCUGUCUCUUGACUCGAAUCAAAUCGAAGGGAUACAUCCGGACGCUUUUCGAAACUGUUCUAGUCUCCACGACCUAAAUUUAUCGGGUAAUAACUUGGAUAGCAUACCAGCAGCUCUGAAGGAUAUGCGGAUGCUGCGAACGAUAGAUCUAGGCGAAAAUCAGAUAAAGAAACUGAUUGAUCCGGGGUUUCACGGUAUGUCUAGUUUGUACGGAUUGAGAUUAAUUGGAAACGAAAUAUCGAACGUCUCGAAAGCAGCUUUCGCCGAGAUACCGGCUUUGCAAAUAUUGAACCUCGCUAGGAAUAAAAUCGAGAGAGUAGAGAGCGGCGCCUUCGCGGAGAGUCCAGCGCUUCAAGCUGUUCGCCUAGACGCGAACUUUAUCCAGGACAUGAGCGGUAUAUUCCUGAACGCUCCAGGUCUGCUGUGGCUAAACAUGUCCGACAACGCAAUCGAGCACUUCGAUUACACCCUGCUUCCGCGGGAAUUGCAGUGGCUCGACAUGCACAAGAACAAAAUAUCUGGCCUGGGCGUCGCCCCGGUGGGACUCCGUCUUCAAACCCUGGACGCAUCCUUUAAUCGAAUAACCAAGAUUCCGGCCAAUUCUUUGCCGGAAUCUAUAGAGCUACUCUUUCUCAAUGACAAUCUCAUCCACAGUGUCGAGCCGCACACGUUCGUGGCUAAGGUGAACCUCACCAGGGUCGAUUUGUAUGCAAACCAGAUCGUGAGCAUGGAACUGUCGGCGCUGCAGCUCGCCCCGGUGCCACCCGAUAGAGCUUUGCCAGAGUUUUACGUCGGCGGAAAUCCUUUCCAGUGUGACUGCACCAUGGAGUGGCUGCAGAGGAUAAACGCGUUAACUUUACGCCAGCAUCCGAAAGUUAUGGAUUUGGCAUCGGUGUACUGCCGGCUUCCUUACGACAGGCGAAAGUCGUUCGCACCGCUUCUCGAAGCAUCGCCGUCUCAGUUUCUCUGCACCUACAAAACGCACUGCUUCGCUCUCUGCCAUUGCUGCGACUUCGAUGCCUGCGACUGCGAGAUGACUUGUCCUACAAAUUGUACCUGCUACCAUGACCAAUCGUGGUCGGCGAACGUCGUCGACUGUUCGCGGUCCAGCUACACCAACUUGCCAGGAAGACUGCCCAUGGACGCUACCGAGGUCUACUUGGACGGCAACGAGUUCGGAGAGUUGACAUCUCACGCCUUCAUUGGACGCAAGAACUUGCAGGUUCUCUACGCGAAUAACAGCAACAUCGUGGCCAUUCACAACCACACGUUCAGCGGACUGAAGCGGCUGGUUGUCCUUCACCUUGAGAAUAACAAGAUAAUCACGCUGAGAGGAUUGGAGUUGGCCGCUCUGGCCGGCCUCAAGGAACUGUACUUACAAAACAACCUCUUGGUUCAUAUCGAUAACGGGACUUUCCUCCCGCUGAGAGAACUGGAGGUUCUACGACUGGAGAACAAUCGGCUAACGACAUUCGCAGUCUGGCAGCUAGCCCAGAACCCUUACCUGGUGGACAUCGGGCUCGUUAAUAAUCCCUGGAGCUGCGAGUGCGGGUAUUUAGGCCGCUUCAGGGAAUGGGUCUCCGUUCAUAAGGCCAAGAUUACUGAUCUAGCCCGUGUCUCUUGCGCGCUGGGGUCGCCCCUUGGUAUUCACGGAAACUCUUCGGUGAUAAAUUGCGCCGCGUUGUCCGGCGCUACUCCGGCUAUUGAGACACGCCCUCUCGAGGGCUACCUUCCUCUUCUCUUGGCGUCCGCGGCGCUAUUCUUCGCACUGAUCGGGCUCCUUUGCGGAGCCCUGAGACACAGGCAGACCCUCAGAGCCUGGGCUGCAGGCAGGUGCGGCCUGAGAGCUUGCUACAAGACCGCCGCCUUCGAGGAGAGCGACAGACCCUUCGACGCCUACAUCUCAUACUCGGCAAAGGACGAGGCGUUCGUAUCGAGGUCGCUUGCCCCCGGCCUCGAAAUGUCUUACAGACUCUGUCUCCACUACCGUGACCUUAGCUCAGGUUCGAGCGUCGCCGAUGCCGUUAAUGAGGCGGCCGACUCCUCGCGACGAACCAUCCUUGUUCUGUCGAGAAACUUCAUCCAUGGCGAGUGGGCGAGAUUCGAGUUUAAAGCAGCGCUCAGAAGCAUCCUCAGGGACAAAGGACGCUCCGUUAUCUUCCUACUGGUUGGUGGUGUUAGUCCCCAGGAUCUCGACUCGGAUUUGCGGAAGCGAAUUGCCUCCCAUACGGUCGUCGCCUGGGGCGAGAAACUCUUCUGGCAAAAGCUCAGAUUCGCAAUGCCUGAUCCACCCGCCUCACUGGUUACCUUAGACAGGGGACUUCCUCCACCGCCGCUCCCUCCACCACCGCAUCACCUGUGGGCGUAGCGGAUGUUUCAAUGCAGCCGAGAACUCUGGCCGUUGGAACGAUUGGAGCUGAGCUGCAGCUAUCACAUGAUCCACCGGGAUAUCCUGAAUCCGAAUAUAUCCUCGGACGAGUACGAAGACCUCGGCAAAGAAUCGUCCUGUGCGAGGUUCUGCGAAAGUGGAUAUUGAAAUUGGCCCCUAUUCUCAUAUCCGGGGGUCAUUCGGGGACCCGGCAAAUCAGCCUGAGCCUCAAAUUCUGCAGCGAAUGAAAAGACGUGACUGUGGAAGCUGAGGAUUCGUAUCGAAUAAUGAUAUAAUAUAUUGACGCGGAUGUACGUAUCAUUGUAAAAAGGGAGAGACGCAAAUGAACUUUGAACUAAUAUAGACAGUGAACGAGCUGCUUGUAGCUGGAGUUAUUCAAUUAAUAGUAACUUAAUCGAUCCAUGUAAAUACAUUAUGUACAUGCAUUUAUACGUAACUGACGAAAGUUGUCAAAUUUCUACGUCUUGCUUGUUGUUAAUUGAUAUUUAUUCUAAUUGACGACAAGUCUAAAUGUAGGUAAUAUGUAUUAUCUCUGUACAGCUUGAUGUCUGGGCUCUUUGAGUUCGCAGAGCUUGCUAUUUGCGAGUAAAUAUGCAUCGCAACAUUUGCAGUGAAAUAUAUUGGAAGUACAGUCUAACUAAGAUUACGACUUGUAUCUUCUUUAUUAUUGUGGUUUUUUGUUCGAUCACUUUUCACUCGAUUAUGGUUAGUUAUAUUUGAAAAGCUAGAAUUGACCGCAAUAGCUAUUCCAGGGUGAACACAAGUAAAAGGGUAUUUUACUGAGUCACCGAACUGAGAACUUCUCUUAAAUUUAAUCUGUAUCGUAUAUUGAAGUAUCCUCGCAUGAUUAUAGGAAUAAUUUAGGUAUGAUUUCAUUUAUGGCAAAAGCGGAUAAAAAUAAUUUACGAUUUCGCUCGUGAAAUUUAUCGGCACAGGUUGCUUCUGGGUCACUCUUAAUGGUAUGCGCAGUGCUUUGUGGGGGACAGUAAAUACUGCGAACGUAUUUACCGUCAGUGGUUGAACAGUGCCAGUAGUUUCGUGAUUUUGGCACAGCUAAUUUAAAUCCUAUUUUGGAAUAUCUGACAUUCACCGUUUUACAAUUAUUUAUGAUUUAAAGGUGCGCAGUUAUCUGAAUUUGGUCUAUAUCUCCAAUUAAACUAGCAUCACUACUCGCAAUCACGUCUACAAAACAUCUAUCUGAUAGAAACACAGAACUCCCAAUCAGAUUGAAAACUAGUGACAGAAUUACGGUAGAUCUUGAUUGUCAAACUACAUAGCACAACGCCAUUCUGUAUCUCGCUGAUUGGGCAUUCAUGCAAAAGGUCAUGCUAAUCAAUUACGAAUUUUACCCAAAAGAAUUCCAUUUUCAUUAUUUUCAAUUCUGUAGUAUCAGUUAUAAAUCAUAGGAACUAUCAAUUGUAGUCGACGAUACUGCGUUGAAUAC